AUGGAUCAAAUAAAUUAUGAAGAAAUUUUACAACAAUUACCUUCAAAUAAAAUAUAUAAAGAAUUUAAAUCUGAUGUCAGUGAAGUUGAUAAUAAUUUUAAUUGUUAUAAAUUUGAUUCAGAAAAAACAAAAUGUAAAUUUAAUUGUAGUAACCUUUGUAAAAAAGUUGCAAGAAAUUUAAAAAAAGUACCCGAAGAGGAUAAAUUAUGGAACUAUAAUCACCGUUGUUUACAUUAUAAAUACUGGGUAUAUGAAGAAAUAAAGAAACUGUUAGAAGAAAAUUCGGCAGAAGAAGAUGUAAAAGUUGUUAUUACUGAAUUUCUUGACCUACAAUCAUCACUUACAAAUGAUUAUAGGAUAUUAAAUUGUACUUAUAAUUUCGAUAAAAAAACUUUAAAGGAAUUGAAUGAUAAAAAAGAUGAGAAAUAUUUGUAUGAUUAUUUUACAAAUUAUGAGAAUAUUAAAAGUAAAGAUUUUUGUAUUUCUGUUGAGAAGGAUAAAUAUAAAAAUUACCUUAAUGCUAUUAAUGUUUUAUACAACAAAAAAAAGAAUGAGUGUUGUGAGAAUAAUAUAUUGAAGUGUCCUAACUAUUUCCUUAAUUGUAAAAAUGAGUUUGAUCCAAGUAAACUAUUAUCUAAAAUAGAAUCAACAGGUGUCGGAAAUUGUAAUGGACUAGAAAAUUUUAAAGAAACUAAAAUCUCUGAAGAAAAAUUAGAAUCUAGCGAUUUGGAACAAGAUUUUUUGGAUACAAUUCAUUUCACCAAUUGCCAUGUUAAGAAUAAUGACAAAGAAUUAUCAUGUGGUCUUACCCGAGCAUCUACUUUGAAACGUAGAAAUAUGAUUGACGUUGUAAACAAUGGACAAAGGAACGAAGAAAGAUCGUAUACAGAAGAGCAAAAGUCUGAAUCCAGUAUAAAUUUAGAAUAUGCAGCACUACAUGAAAAAGAUAGAAAAAUAGCGGGCAUUAGUUCAGAAACAGUAAAUAAUCUGUCUACUGUCAAAAAAAGCGAAGUAGUUGAUCUUAGAUGGAAACUAGGAAAAAAUGGAACAUUACAUUGUCCUGCAGAAAAACCAGAGGACGACACAUCAGGACUUUGUAAGUAUAUAGAACAAUUGGUUGGAAAAGGUAUUCUUGUAAAAAUACAGAAUACUGGGGGUUAUCAGCUAGCGGGGGGAAAGUCAUGGCCUACACAACCAUUAAAAGUUGUUGUUAAAAGAGAAAAGAGAAGUCAAUUGGGGAGUCACCUCCCACGGGAAUUAGGAAUAUCAAGAGGUCAAGUUAUUUUAAAAACUAAACAAAUGGAAGACCCAGGUAUUAAAAAUUCAAAUGGUAAAGCACAUCCUGGAAAAGAUGAAGAAUCUAAUAUAUUACAGAACAUUUUUUUGCGUGUUUCUAUUGUAGUUGCUUUAGUGAUGGGAAUAAUUUUUGUUUUUUUCCUCUAUUUUAAAUUUACUCCAUUUGGAACAUAUCUGGGUAAAACUAGAAAAAGGAAAAAAAGAUAUAGGACUAAUUUUUCUGAAUUAAGUACGCAAAGACUACCAAGGAGAUUCAUAAAACGUACCUAUAGGAAUUCUGAAAGGAGGAGAUUUAGUGUAGUAAAUAUAGAACCACGAACUUCAUUUCAUUAA